AUUUUUCAGGUUUAAAUCUCUGCACUGUAAAGCAAAGCCUAAUCGAGCUUCACUUCUUCACAUUUUCCAUUAAUGGCGGCUCUUCUCUCUCUAUUCUCUCUAUUAUUCCACGUCUUCCUUCAGCUAUACCCAACUCAAGUGUCCGGUAGAAAUCUCAUCUUUGAAGAUGGCUACACCGUCAGCACAGUCCUUGAUGGCGACAAUGUCAAAGUCAACCCUCACUCGAUCCUCCCACAAUCGCCGUUUUCUAAUCAAUUUAUAGUCCUUGAUUCCGCCGCUAGCACUUUUUACACUGUAUCAAUCCCAACAACUUCCCAAGGAAGUCUGAUAAAGAGGCUUGCGGGAAAUGGCCAGUGUGGAUACGCAGAUGGCGAUGUGGGCUCAGCUAUGUUUAAUAAGCCAAAGAGUUUUGCUGUUGAUUACAGAGGAAAUGUGUAUGUUGCUGACCAGACUAACUUUGCCAUCAGGAAGAUUACGAAGUCAGGUGUGACGACAAUUGCUGGAGGUUAUUCUCAGAAAACAGGCCAUGCUGAUGGACCCGCACUCAAUGCUUCGUUCUCAGUUGAUUUUGAGCUUGUUUUUGUUCCGGAAAAAUGUGCUUUAAUGGUUUCUGAUCAUGGUCAUAGACUAAUCCGUCAAAUAAAUCUGAAGGCUGAGGAUUGUACGGCACAUUCUGGAUCCCGUCUUGGAGUGUCCUCUGCUUGGUUUCUAGGUGUUGGACUUUCAUGCUUAUUUGGCCUAAUUGCCGGAUUUAUUAUUCGACCUUAUGUUAUUCCCCAUAGAGGAUCCAAGCCUCAGCAUCGCCGCUGGACAUGGAAUCAAUGCCUAAUGAGUCGGGAGAGGCAAAUAGCAAUACUCUGCUCCGACAUCAGAAGCGUAAUUGUUAGCUCAACAGCAUAUUCACUUUGCACGAGGCUUCGGGGUUUAAGCCUCUCCUCUCUAGCUCUAAUAUUUAGGCUUAGGACUGUAGAAUCUCGAACUUCAUGGAAAAAACCAGUAUCUUUGAUGGAUUACGAUGUAUUAAAUAGCCAUCAGCUAGAUAAAGCACAGACCGUAGAUGACCAAUUAACGGACUUGAUUAGUUUUGAUGGAAGCCUGUCAGUGUCAGAAAACGCCAAUGAAUUCAUUGAGCAUGAAGCGAAGAGAGAAUCUGGUAAAAAUAGAAAGAUUGAUGGUAUGAUACAAGCAAAUAUUGAGAGUUUUGUGGAGAAAUCGGGGGGAGUUUCAUUGGAAAAGUCUUUGGAAAGCAACUUAGGCUUGGUUAAGAGAAGAUUCAAUACUGGCAAUGGCUUUUUCUAAGGCAUUUUCUGUUUUCACUGCUACUGGUUGUAAAUAUUUUGGUUAUGCUGUCAUCUACUAUUGAAACAUCCCAACUUUGACAAUCAUAUUUGAAGGAGCAUAUCAUUUUCCCCUUUGCUUAUU